AUGUUAUUUCAAGAGCAGCUGGGCCAACACGAGACGACUCGCUUCUCUGCUGUCUUCGUUGAAAACCAAGAUAGCUUUGGCGCAGUGAUGCUCGAUGCCACGAAUUUCAACCCCAACGAGUUAGACCGAGAACCUGAUGUAAUGGCCAGGUCCCGCGUGGAGUUGGCUGUCAGAACACUGCUCAACUUCCCCACUGCUCGUACAUGUGACAUGCUGAUGACAGGGAUUUAUCAUAUCUACGAUGUGUGGCUGUCACCAACCAUGAUCCAGCAAUGCUUGAAACAAGUAUGGACAGAAUACGCCAGUGAGCUAGGUGAGUUCCGGACACGGGAGUCAGUAUGGAGGGUAGCAAAUGAUUUAUUCCUCAACCACAAAAGGCCUCACCCAACACCUGACUGUGGCCUCUCGAGUAAUUCCGACCAUACUUCGUGGAUGAACUGGUUUGGUGGACCUCAUCUGCGUUGGGAAAUGAUCGGGAUCCUCUUCAGCUGGGCUGGAAUUGCGUUCAGGUGCAAGCAAGAGUGGGACCCGGUAUUCGACCUACCCGAGCAGUAUGGACGGAAUCGCAACACUGCCGCGGAAAAGAUGAGAGAGUGUGCGGCUGCCUGCGUAAGGCUUUGCGAAGGGAACUUUGAAAUCAGUGACACCAUGGUUAUUUGCAUGAAGAAUAGCACCAGACUACAAAGCAUCAUCAUCAGUGACGAGAGUGACCGUGUACGAGUCGACUACGGGACUGUCCGGAGUGCUUUUAUAAGCGCAGGAUUGCACCGCCUCACCCCUGCAAAGGAAAUCACUCCAUUCUUCCAACACCGAGCAUCACUCGCUUCGUCAAUGUAUUAUCAUGACAAAUGUCAUAGUUUGUUCAAUGCGCGGCCACCUAUGCUCAGUAACCGUUACUGUCAAUGCCCCCUCCCACUCGAUUUAUGCGAGGAAGAUGUAUAUGGGGGCCGAGAAAGAUUGGCCGUGGCCAUUGCAAAGCUUGACUCGAAUGGCUGGAACACAAAUGGGCAAAUAUUCACAACAACCUGGCUACGAGCACUGGCAAUGCUUAGUCCCAUCCGGGAGGGAAUCUUGGAACUAACUCUUAGUGUCAAUUCAAAGUUUACAAAAUCGCAGGUAGAAGACCUACAGGUCCAGUUGAGGAAUAUAGUUGCUUCAUAUCCUCCGCACAUUCAGUAUCAGGGGAACUCUGAAUGGCACUCACAGUCGAGCUCGGGAUUCCACAGACGGAGCGCUCAUGGAGCCUAUAUCAUCACCCGGAUACAACUUGAUGUAUUGCAAUGUCAGUUUCUCCUCCAGCGCCUACUUGUAGUGCAGCAAUUCAGUGGUGGCCAAGACUUGUUCGAUAUCGCCCAAGAGACAAUGUCUGUUAUCCUGUCUCUCUGGCAAAACCGCGAUCAGCUGCAAGAAUUUCACCACGCCUUUGACUGGAUUGCAGUAUCAUACGGAAUGCCCUGUGCGGGAAUUUUAUGCGUCGAGCUUCUCCGAGCAAGUAGUCUAGUACCACCCGCGCAACGAAGCGAACUUUCGUCGACGGCCGCCGCUCGCGAUUGUGUUAAAUUCUCGCGGUCGGAAGUCGUUCAAAAUCUGGUUAUGUUCAGAGCCUUACUUGACUGGAUACGGCCUACGGAUAACAAUGCGCAACUUAGCAAGAAGUUCAAGACAGUCCUUCAGAGAAUCAUCGAUGCUGUAUUUGAUUCUUUGGGCUCGUCGUGUGGCAUGCAAACACAGAUGCCGAGCGAACAGCAGUCCCAGGGACACUGUGGUCCGCAAGAUCAGUCUGCAGGACAAAAUGUACCUACUGCAACAAGCAGAGAGCAUGAUAUUGACCCCGACAUGAACACAUUCAACGAUAUGGAUUGGCUGAACACCGUUGAUUGGACUCAAGGUGGUUGGCUUGAACAAAUCAAUCCACCUUUCCCCUAUUAA